AUGUGGUUGGCACCGCUUUGCUGCGUGACGUUGGGGCUGCUGCUGGUGGGAUGUCUGGAAACGGUAGCGGCCAUUCCACCGAAAUCGGAACCCACGAUAUCGGAAUGUGCUGCAAAGGGUGGUGAAUGUGACGAAAGCAAGGGAAGGCCUGUGUGUGGAAGUGACAAUAAGACGUAUCCGACACGCUGUCAUCUCAUCCGUGCGCAGUGUAGUGGACAUCAGGUCGCCUUCAAGCAUCGAGGAUCAUGCAAAGAUGUGUGCAUUGCCUCACGGACUUAUGCACUGCAACAACGGGCCAACUCCCCGUACACGGUCAAGUACGUACCGAGAUGUCGCGAGGAUGGAACUUACGCACCGGUCCAGUGCAUCGAUGGUGGUGGCUGUUGGUGUGUUAAUGGGCAGGGUAAGCAGCUGCCCAACACCAUGGUCCAGCACGGGAAACCGAUCUGUGUGAAGAAGGGCAAAUCGAACCAGCGCCGUUCGUCACCUCGCAAUCCAGUUCGAAACAAGCGCAGUUGCAGUGGACUAGAUCGGGCCGUUUUUAACACCAACCUGCUGAAGCUGUUCCAAAACGAGCACGUACGGGUACACCAGCACAACCUCACCGGGCCGAUCAACGAAAAGGUGGUGCUGGACUGGAAGUUUGCCGUCAUGGAUCUGAACGGCAACAAUCUGCUGGAUAAGACGGAAUAUCGUACGAUGAAGCGACUAAUCAAGAAGGUGGUGAAACCGAAACGCUGUGGCAGAUCGUUCGGUAAGAACUGUGACGCAGACCAGGACGAACGACUAUCGCGUAACGAAUGGUACAACUGUUUGGCAAAAGACGACGUUACACCUCACAACCCGUCGUCACAAUCACCAUCAUCAUCAAUCUCUAGUUCCUCUUCCGGUGGUUCUGGACACUAUACAGUCCCGCAUCUACAUCAUCAUCAACAUCAUAGCACUCUCGGUGGGCUGUCACGCGGCAAUGGUGGCAUGGGUGGUGGGUCUAUCGGUGGUACGGUAGGCGGAGGCGGCGGAGGCGGCGGCGGCGUCAACGGCGGCACCGGUGGUGGUGGUGGUCACUUUCUGCGUGCCGACGACGACGACGACGACGAUUCACAGAAUAUCUCUAAUGAUUUCACUGACGAUGACGAUGACGAUCAUUCAGAGAAUGAGUACGAUUCGGACGAACUGCCCGACAGUGAUAAUGCACUACUGAACGGAUUGCAGUUGCCCGUUAAUGGAUUGCAGCCAUACCUGUUGCUGCAGGGUAAGACUAUGGUGGAUCCCAAGGGAGAGGACGAUGCCAUCUUCAAGGAUAGUGAGGCGGACUCCGACUGUUUGAGUGAUCGCAAGUACGCGUUGGAUGAGCAGAAGUACGGCACCAAUGCGUUGUAUGUACCGGAGUGUACACCAGACGGACGAUAUCAGCGCGUACAGUGUUACCGCUCAACGGGGUAUUGCUGGUGCGUUAACGAAGAUACGGGCAAGAACAUUCCGGGCACGUCGACGAAGGACGAGAAACCGGUCUGCGAUCAGUACGCAUCGUCUACGCGACCUAUGAAAGGAUGUCCCGAGGAAAAGAAGGUAGAAUUCCUGAAGGACUUGAAGGCAUUCCUGAGCAAACAGGUGUCGACAUCGUUUGCCGGCAAAAUUAUACCCGUGUGGAAUACCGAGGAGGAAAAGAUAGCCAUACUGAGCUUUGUGCUUUUGGACAAGAAUCAAAACAAACAGCUGGAGCGAAAGGAAUGGAAAGCUUUCCGUGAGCUAGUCACAGCUACAAGACAACUUCGAAAAUGUGGCAAAAAAAUGCCCCGCUAUUGUGAUGUGAACAGCGACCGAAAGAUUACACUCUCCGAAUGGAUGAGUUGCUUGGAUGGCAAACGGAACAACUCAGUGGACGUGGCAGCGAUGAGUGCACCCUUGGUGCAGGCUGAGCUGAAGUCAACUAGCAGCAGUAGCAGUAGUGGCGGUGGAACCAGCACCAGCUCGUCCUCAGCGACUAGCACGAAGUUUAAGGGAAGAAAUCCGCUAGAGUUUGUGCUGAAGAGUGACUAG